UCGCUCCGCCUCCGGCCUCCUCCGAGAGCUCCAGACCUCCCGGCUACUCAGAAACCCUCGGACUGCCCGGACCGCGCGAUGGAGUCGACCGGCAGCGUAGGGGAGGCCCCGGGCGGAACCCGGGUGCUGGUGGUGGGCGGCGGCAUCGCGGGGCUGGGCGCGGCGCAGAGGCUCUGCGGCCACUCCGCCUUCCCGCACCUGCGGGUCCUGGAGGCCACGGCCCGCGCCGGUGGCCGCAUCCGCUCGGAGCGCUGCUUCGGUGGCGUGGUGGAGGUGGGCGCGCACUGGAUCCAUGGGCCCUCCCGGGGUAACCCCGUCUUCCAGCUGGCUGCUGAGUACGGGCUGCUGGGGGAGAAGGAGCUGUCCGAGGAGAACCAGCUGGUGGAGACCGGGGGUCACGUGGGCCUGCCCUCCGUGAGCUACGCCAGCUCCGGGGCCAGCGUGAGCCUCCAGCUGGUGGCGGAGAUGGCGACUCUGUUCUACGGCCUGAUAGACCAGACCCGGGAGUUCCUGCACGCUGCAGAGACCCCGGUGCCCAGCGUCGGGGAGUACCUCAAGAAGGAGAUUGGCCAGCACGUGGCCGGCUGGACAGAGGAUGAGGAGACCAGGAAGCUGAAGCUGGCCGUCCUGAACUCCUUCUUCAACCUGGAAUGCUGUGUGAGCGGCACCCACAGCAUGGACCUGGUGGCCCUUGCACCCUUUGGGGAGUACACCGUGCUGCCGGGGCUGGACUGCACCUUUUCUAAGGGCUACCAAGGACUCACAAACUGCAUGAUGGCCGCCCUGCCGGAGGACACUGUAGUUUUUGAGAAGCCUGUGAAGACCAUCCACUGGAACGGGUCCUUCCAGGAGGCAGCCUUUCCCGGGGAGACCUUUCCAGUGUCGGUAGAGUGUGAGGAUGGAGACCGGUUCCCGGCGCACCACGUCAUCGUCACCGUGCCCUUAGGUUUUCUUAAGGAACAUCUGGACACCUUCUUUGACCCUCCCCUGCCGGCUGAGAAGGCAGAAGCAAUCAGGAAGAUAGGCUUUGGGACCAACAACAAAAUCUUCCUGGAGUUUGAGGAGCCCUUCUGGGAGCCAGACUGCCAGCUGAUCCAGCUGGUGUGGGAGGACACGUCGCCCCUGGAGGAUGCUGCCCCUGAGCUACAGGACGCCUGGUUCCGGAAGCUCAUUGGCUUUGUGGUCCUGCCUGCCUUUGCGUCUGUCCACGUUCUCUGUGGGUUCAUUGCCGGGCUUGAGUCUGAGUUCAUGGAGACUCUGUCGGAUGAAGAAGUACUCCUGUGUCUCACCCAGGUGCUCCAGAGAGUGACAGGAAACCCACGGCUCCCCGCGCCCAAGAGCGUCCUGCGGUCUCGCUGGCACAGCGCCCCGUACACUAGGGGGUCCUACAGCUACGUGGCCGUGGGCAGUACUGGGGGCGACCUGGACCUGCUGGCUCAGCCCCUCCCUGCAGACGGCGCCGGCGCCCAGCUCCAGAUCCUGUUUGCGGGGGAAGCCACACAUCGCACGUUUUACUCCACGACGCACGGGGCUCUGCUGUCGGGAUGGAGGGAGGCCGACCGCCUCCUCAGUCUGUGGGCCCCGCAGGUGCAGCAGUCCAGGCCGAGGCUCUAGCUGGGCCCAGCCUACUCUGUUCCACCCGUGUCGGGGGAGGCUGGGACCCUCAUUUCCUCUGACAGAUUUCAGUCUGGCUUGAGAUUUGGGGAUGUUAAUGAGGGUCCUCUGGUUUUUGGUAACUGGGGCCACCUUCUCAGUUCUUGUGUCUGUUAUUGGUGUCUGGCCAGGGUUGACUUGAGCUGAGACACCAGAUGCUCACAGAGAUGCUGGACACAUAAAGCAAGUUACAGCCA